AACGGCAGCGCUCAGACCCUGCUCGUGACUGGCUGCUCGUACAGUAAUUGCCAGAUUGGAACCUUGCACCGCCGCUGCCCUGUCCAGCACGGCGCCGUGCCUGGCUGCUUUUGUACCAAAGCCCUCCCACUCCUCUUUACAAACCUCUUUGCGCUCGUUCGGUUUGCCCACCAGUAACCAGAUCCUCCUCACCCUAGUCGCUCACUGCAACAUACGCCUAAUCACAUAAUCAUGUUUCACUCCGCAAUGGGCGCCAUGCCCUGGCUGCUGCUUGCCAUGUCUCGCUUCGCCAACGCCGCCUGUGAAUGCGGAUACUCGCUUAACCAGACAACCGACUCCAACUAUGCCAUCUUUACAGAAUUAAUGGAGAAUGACUUCCUACAUAUGGACACAGACAACAUCACCGAGUACGGAUGGAGGCCGCAAGUCUACAAUGUCUCAGUCCCCGCCAACAAUCAGAGGAUAGCGUAUGGGAAGGAGUUCAGCAUGGGCAACAUCGUUCCCAAUCCUCUCAAGAACUCGAAAAAGUGGUCUGGCGAGGCUGAUCAUGGUGGUGAUGCCGGUUUGGAGUUGUGGGUGAGCGGCGACCAUUCGCAUGGAUUUGUCAAUGGGUCAGAAGUUGUCUCAGUUAGGGACGACAUCCUCCUUGGAUCUUUCCGUGUUGGCAUGAAGCUUUCGAACUCGUCUGGCACAUGUGGUGCUUUCUUCUUCUACUACAACAACUCGCAAGAAAUCGACAUGGAGUUCCUUUCGAAUGAGUUUAACAGCACAGGAGGUGCCGUUAACCUGGUACUGCAAUCGCCGGAAUCUGUUGCCCACGGAAACGACGCUGCCGGCACCUCCACCUACAAGGUUGCGCCUCUGCCCUUCCAGCCCGAUGGCAUGUUCCACGAGUACCGCUUCGACUGGACCGCUGACCGCGUUGCCUUCUACGUUGAUGGCGAUUUUCUCUGGGAAAUGACCGAGCAAAUCCCUACCGAGGGUGGCGGCAUCUUCUUCAACCACUGGAGCAAUGGUGACCCUAAGUGGUCUGCUGGGCCCCCUGACACCGACACUGUCAUGACCUUGUCUUACGUGAAGGGAUACUUCAACUCUACCGAUACGGACCGCUCGCAAAACGCCUACAAGAAGCGCUGCCCAAAAUUCGACCCGGCCAAGGUCUGCCCAAUUCCAGCGCAAACAACGCCUCCGGAUGCUUCGCAAGGCACAGAUGGAGCGAAAACAUAUUUCUUUUCGCAACAAGACGACAUGACACCAGGCCAGAUCACCUACCAUAGCGGCGCAACACUCUUCGGCGCACCAGCGGUUUCAAUACUAGUCCCCUUAUUGGUCACUCUCUUCAGCUGGACGCUAGCAUAGUAGUGCCGCUGAAGCACCGUAUAAUCAACCACUGAACAUUACCACACUGUUCCCGCACUUCUUUAUCGCGACAACCAUACACGACCGAGGUUCUCCAAGAAGUCUUCGAGACGCGGCAUUAUGAGCGCAUGACUUGGGCGAUGGCGUUUCUGGAUACCUUGCAUCGCACUACCUUUUGGACUACCCAACACUCUUUCUUUACUACACGACUACUACACAUCUUCUUGCCGGACGCGCUGACCGCUCCAAUCACCUGCUGGACCACUCCUUUGGAUACCGACCGUUUCGUGGCGCGAGUGCUGCCCGCGCCGUAGUGUUUACUUUACUUCCACGCUUUUCUUGUGCAUAGACUUU